AGAAAAAUUGCAAACCAUCGUGGGCUUAAAGUGAAAACGAUAAAUGUGAAUACAGACAUAGCAGUUGUUCAACUUUUCUCCUUUCUUUUAUCCGUUUCAAUUCGCUUCUCUUCCUCACCUCCAAUUCCUUAACGCUACAUACUCUCCUUUAUCCGUAUCGCUAUGUUUCGAUCCUUCAAGAAAAGCGAAAAUACUAUCACAUCCUCGCUUUCCUCUGGCAAUGCUUCCAUUCAGCGACCAAGCAUCAUCAUUCCGCCUUUUGAACAUCAACCCUCUAUGCCUGUAGAAUGCACGGAUACAGAUUACGAUAUAAACGAAGAAGAGCUGAUCGAUUUACAAGCACCUCCAAAUUCUGGCAGUAGCGGCAGUACGACUCUAACGCCGUCCACAGACAUCACAUUAGAACAUAUGUCGGCCGCUUUGGCUGCUGCCGUUCAACUCACAGCAACUUCAAGUCAUAGCAAAAAGCCUCCUUCGUCAUUUUCCUCGGGCACAGCUUCUAUUGUCUCCACGCCCACCGUACCUACCAUGACACCGCGUCGCCGCUUCUCUACACGUUUGUUAUUUACCAACCCAUGGAAAAAGACAGCAUCUUCUAGCGUUCAUUCAUCCGUAUCUCUAGACUCUCCGUCCUCUACCUUCUCUACGCCUUCUACUCCAGGCCUUGAACCUUGCUCGCCUAUCACUCCUUGCCAUUCUUCCAUUGACAUCACGACAGACGACGAAGAGAAUAGCACUGUCUCAUUAGGACAACACCACCGCUCACGCUCAAGCUCUUCCGUUACCUCUGCCACCGCUAGCAGCACACAUAGUCUCUUUGCGAUAGCAUCGUCGUCGCCCACGGAUGAUGGUCGCGAUGAAUUAAUCUAUCGGGGUAUUCAAGUCAAAGAAAUCAAAUCUACCUUAAAGACCUUGGUUAUUUCGGAUGACAUCAGAUAUCCAAUGCCUGAAGUGAGGCUGGAGAGACCAGGUUUUGCACGUAUCAAUUACUAACAUCACUUACUGUUCGCUGGUUGCGGGGCAAUGAUCCUAUCAACCCAAUCCGUAUUUAUUUUCCCAUUCAAUAUCAUCCCUCCAUCAAACCAAUAGACUCAUCUGCACUUUUUUUGUACCAUAUUUGAACUUGGCUACAUUCAUCGUUUUCAAAAAGCACAAAAUGCUUUUUUUAUUCGAUUGUAUGCCAGUAACCCUAUUCAUCUUUCCAGGCGUGUUCUUUGAGCAAACCAUAAUUUCCAUUUACCGCAUUGUGUUGUAUUUGGAUGAUACCAUUUUUUUUAUUUUUUUUUUAUUUUUUGCCCUAUUAAAAUAGAAGUUGAAAUUUUUAUGCUG